AUGGCGGCCCGGGGGCUGCUGCGGGCCGCGGGAGCCGUGCUCCAGGUCACGGCCCGUGGCUACGCCAAGAAACCCGCCGCCAAGUCCAAAGGCAAGGGUGUGCCGAAGGAGGCGUUGAAGGGGCCUGAGGUGUGCACGGACCCCACCCUGCUCGCCACCCACGCCAUGGGAGUCAACUACUUCAAGGAGGGUCCGGAGGUGGCCCUGAAGCCCGACUCUGAGUACCCCGACUGGCUCUUUAAGAUCCACCUUGGGCCUCCUAAGAAGCUGGAGGAGUUGGACCCUGACUCGCUGGAGUAUUGGAGGCGCCUGCGGAAAUACAACACAUGGCAGCGCAACAGGUUGAAGAAGGGCAAGAAGCUGUAG